AACGGUCGUACCCCACUACAUACUGCGUGUAUUGAACAGAAAUAUGAGGCUGUUGAGUUUUUUCUGAAUAAAUGUGGGGAUAAAACAGAAUUUGUUAACAAAUGUGACAAUAAGAAAAGAACUGCUUUGCACUAUACUGUGGAAUAUAUAGGUGAUGAAAAGCAUCAAAGAAUUAUAGAAAUUUUACUGAAGAGCGGUGCGAGGACAGAUAUUCAAGAUGAUGAAGGAAAGACGCCGCUUCAUGAAAUUCGUCAUUGCAGUCACGGCGUUUCACAGGUCAUCAAGUUGCUUCUUGGCAGUAACAAAAAAAAUAUUGACACACAGGAUAAGUCUGGUCUAACCCCUCUUCACCUGGCUACUAAGGCAGGGAAUGUGGAAGCAGUAAGAUCAUUGUUAUUGGAAGGGGCUGAUGUUACUAUUGAAGAUGACGAUGAUGGGAUGACAGCCUUGAUGUUUGCUUGUCAGGAAUAUGUAGCGAACAGUAGCACCAUACUUCAGUUACUGCUUGAGGUGAAGUCAGAUAUUGAACAUUUCAAUAGAUUUGGUUUGACUGCUCUUCAGGAAGCAGUUGCUGAAGGAAACAUCUCCUGUGUUGAGGCACUCCUAAAAUACGGCGCAGAUCCUAAUACGGUGUCA